AUGGCAACAUUCUUUUAUUUUAUUCUUCUACCAUUUUUUCUCUCCGCAGAUACUGGAAUUUUGGUAGCAUCAUUUGGAAUCAACUAUGGACAAGUAGCAAACAAUUUGCCACCACCAACCAAAGUCCUUGAGCUUCUCAGUACCUUAAAGAUCACAAAAACAAGAAUCUACGACACGAAUCCGGAGAUUCUCAAAGCUUUCGCGGAUUCGAAUGUGGAAAUCAUUGUGACCGUUGAGAAUCAAAUACUAAACCUGUUGAAUGAUCCACAACAAGCAGUUCAAUGGGUGAAUACCAAUAUCAAACCAUAUGUGCCUGAAACAAAGAUAACUGGAAUUCAAGUAGGAAAUGAAGUGUUCACCGAAAUCGACUCGAGCCUAAUUCAAUAUCUUGUUCCAGCAAUGAUCAACAUUCAUAAUGGUCUAGUUCAAUUAGGUUUAGACACAAACAUCCAUGUGUCAACACCUAGUUCAUUGGAAGUUCUUGAAGAAUCUUAUCCUCCUUCAGCUGGUAGUUUCAGAAGUGAAAUCUCAGGAGUCAUGUAUCAAUUAUUGAACUUUUUGUCUAAAACAAAAUCACCCUUUUGGAUCAAUGCUUAUCCUUAUUUUGCUUAUAAGAAUAACCCUAAUCAAAUAUCAUUAGAUUAUGUAUUGUUUAACCCUAAUCAAGGAAUGGUUGAUCCUAAUACAAAUUUACAUUAUGAUAACAUGCUUUAUGCUAUGGUAGAUGCAGUCACAUUUGCAAUAGGUAAAUUAGGGUUUAAUGGGAUAGAAGUUAGGGUUUCUGAGACAGGUUGGCCUUCUAAAGGUGAUUCUGAUGAAAUUGGUGCAUCAUUGAAAAAUGCUGAAAUUUAUAACAAGAAUUUGUUGACAAGACAAAUGGCAAAUGAAGGAACACCUUUGAGGCCUAGAAUGAGAUUGGAAUCAUAUUUGUUUGCAUUGUUUAAUGAAGAUCUCAAGAAUGGACCCACAUCGGAAAGAAACUAUGGAUUGUUUGAGCCUGAUGAAUCUAUGACAUACAAUGUUGGAUUGUCUUCUUUUGCUAAAUCAUCAAAUCCAUCUACUUCAAUUUCUCUUACCUCCUCUGCCACUAGAACAAAGGCAGCACAAAAGGAAAACCAAAGCAUGGUCAACUGGAUGUUUGUGUAUUUGCUGAUUUCAUCACUUUGUGCAUUUGUUUAA